CUGGUGGAAGGCAGCCAAUACAGGAAUUAUGAAGAACGUGAUGUACCUAGCUGUGGCGCUGUUUUUUAUUUAUAAUUUUGAGACUGUGUCCUCAGCAGACCACUGUGUUUGGUAUGGAGAGAAGACAUUAGACUCUGGAAAGAUCCUCAAUCCAUUUUAUAAUGGAACGGCAAAGCCUCUACUGAAUGAAAGUGCCAAAGCUAUCUUGAAAGAGCUGUGUCCACACAUGGUAACAGGAGAGAACAUAUCGACGUGUUGCAGUCCAGAUCAGAUCUACACACUACAGAAGAACAUGGGGGUCCCCAGUCAGCUGAUAGGGCGAUGUCCGUCCUGUUACUCCAACUUCCGCAAACUCUACUGCGACUUUACCUGCAGCGCCACCCACAGCAGUUUCUUAAGAGUCGAUCAAGUCAUUCCCGUUUUAAACCUCGUGAAUCAAGUCACAUAUUUCAUCGAUGAAGGUUUCGCAGACAGGAUGUUUAACUCGUGUAAGGAUGUCGUCAUGCCGAGUAACAACGAGAAGGCGAUGUCAGUGUUGUGCGGUAACGCAAACUGCAACGCCAAGAAGUGGUUGAACUUCAUGGGAAAUCCCAUCAACUCCCCUUUUCAGAUUCAUUAUAUAAUGUCUGGGUUGCCUCCCGGCUACGAAACCUUUAAUAUCAGCACAACUCCAUGUUACGAGGCGGUAGAUGACGACAGUUUGGCGUGUAGUUGUCAGGAUUGCCCCAAAGCGUGCGGGCCUGAACCCACCCCCAAACCUCCUCCACCCAAAUGUUACAUCUUAGGGAUCGACUGUGCCUUUUUCAUCAUGGGAUGCAUCUUCAUAGGCUUCUUCUUAGUUUUCAUCAUCGGCAACAUCUUUUAUUACAUCAUCUGUAAGAACACGUUGGGAGUCAACCGACAGGAUGAUUUGGAAGAAAAUGACUGGGCGAUCAACAGCGACAGCAGUGACACUGUCCCAGUCCUCAAGCCUGGGGCCGCGCAGCGGAGAGUCAUUGGGAAACAUGAGAUCAACUGCUUGGAGAAAAUUGGCUUCCACCUGGACAGAUGGCUUCAGAAGAUUUUCACCAAAUGGGGCACCUUCGUGGCCAGGCGUCCCCUGGUGGUGCUGAUAAUUGGCCUCCUCUUGUGUGUGGCUCUUGGCUGUGGUCUGCUCAAACUCUCUGUCAUUGUGGAUCCUGUUCAGUUGUGGUCUGCUCCCAAAAGUGUGGCCAGGACACAAAAGGAUUAUUUUGAUCAACAUUUUGGGCCAUUUUAUCGCACAGAGCAGCUCAUCAUUACGCCUAAGAAUCAGUCAAAAUGGUGGAGAACCAACCUCGAUCCUUACUCCCCGGGAGAAACCCUGAUUGGGCCUGUGUUUAAAAAGGAGUUUUUGUUGGAGAUCCUGGACCUCCAGACCAAGAUCACAUCUCUGGUUGCUCACGACCCGGACACCAACGUGACGAUCAGCCUGGAAGACAUCUGCUACAAGCCUCUCAGUCCCGACAACAACCACUGCACCAUCAUGUCUGUCCUGAACUACUUCCAGAAUAACGUCACCCGCCUGGAGUACACCGCCUGGGAUGGAUACCACCUCCAGGAACUGGGCGACUAUUUCGACCAUCUCUUGUCCUGUGCCAGAGGUCCAACCAAUCCCACAGAUACUGCUCUGACUAAGUUACCUUGCCUUGCAGAGUUUGGAGGGCCAGUGUUACCUUGGGUGGCUUUGGGAGGAUUUGAAGGUGACAAUUAUGAAGAUGCUACAGCUUUGGUUGUCACCUUUAUUGUCAACAAUCAUGUGAAGGACAGCGACCAAAAAAAUGCCACGUUGUGGGAGCAGGUGUACUUGGACUUUAUGAAGGAAUACGUGAAGAAGGAAAGGGAUUUUACUGUGGCUUACUCAGCUGAGCGUUCCAUUCAAGACGAGAUCAACCGAGAGAGCAACUCUGAUGUCUUGACCAUAUUAAUAAGCUACUUGAUCAUGUUUGCAUACAUCACUAUAUCGCUAGGAGAGGCCAACAGCUGUGAUACAGUCAGAUUACUGAUUGACAGUAAGAUCACUCUGGGUUUCGCGGGAGUUCUCAUCGUGUUUCUGUCCGUGAUCAGCUCACUGGGGUUCUACAGUUACAUAGGUGUCCCCAUGACCCUCAUCAUCAUUGAGGUCAUCCCCUUCCUCGUCCUGGCCGUCGGGGUGGAUAACAUCUUCAUACUGGUACAGGCCUACCAACGCUCCCAGCGCCGCCACAACGAGUCCAGAGAGGAGCAGCUGGGGAGAAUUGUGGGUAAAGUGGGCCCCAGUAUGCUGUUGACCAGCUCCUCUGAAACCCUCGCCUUUUUCUUGGGUGCCCUGAUAGACAUGCCAGCUGUAAGGAUCUUCUCUCUGUACGCCGCCCAGGCCGUACUCUUCAACUUCCUGCUACAGAUUUCAGUGUUUGUGGCUCUGCUGUCUCUAGAUGUCAAGAGACAAGAGAAUAACCGCAUUGAUGUGGCCUGCUGCGUCAAAGUCGGGAAGUCCAUUCCUCCCAAACAGGACAGCUAUUUACUGGCCUGCUUCAAGAAUUACUAUGCACCUUUCCUGAUGAGUGACUGGGUCAGGCCUUCUGUGAUUGUGAUAUUUGUUGGCUGGUGCUGUGCCAGUCUUGCCAUGGUGCCUAAGUUAAGCACUGGCUUAGAUCAGAAACUGUCCAUGCCCAGAGAUUCUUACGUUCUGACCUACUUUGACGCCAUGGCCAAGUACCUGUCAGUGGGUCCACCCGUCUACUUUGUGGUGAAGGACGGCUAUGAUUACAGCACUCUGGAAGGACAGAACUGGAUAUGUGGACUACCUGGCUGUCAUCAGGACUCACUGAUUGGACAGAUUUCACUGGCUUCAAAGUUUAGUAAUGUCUCCAGGAUAGCCCAGCCUGCCAGCUCCUGGCUAGAUGACUACUUUGCCUGGUUAAAACCUGGAGGAAGUCCUCCUUGCUGCCGAGCCAUCAAAGAUGACCAUGGGAAGGAGGUGCUCUGUCCCUCACUAGUUGACAACAGUUCCUGUUACAAGUGUAAUACCAGUAUCACUCGGGACCAUCCUGAUAAAGACACCUUUGUCCGCUACUUGCCUUGGUUUCUGGAGGAUAACCCAGGAAUCAAGUGUGCCAAGGGAGGUCAUGCUGCCUAUGGCCAGGCCGUCCAUUUCAAUGACGCAGCCAAAACCCAAAUUGGAGGCAGCUACUUCAUGUCCUACCAUACGAUCCUGAAAACCUCACAGGACUAUAUCGAGGCUCUGCGCUAUGCAAGGCAAGUAGCGAAUAACAUCACCAAAGCAAUGAACGACGCCAUGACAGGCACUGAGGAAGAGGUGGCUUACAAGUACAGCGCCCAGGGAAACACGGAGAGGAAUAUCACACUGGAGAAGCACAAGAACAAAAAGAAAUUUGAGGUGUAUCCAUACAGCGUCUUCUACGUUUUCUACGAGCAGUAUCUGCUUAUUGUAAAAGACACCUGGUUCAACUUGACGCUGUGUGGAGUAGCCAUCUUGGUCGUGACCUUUGUGCUGCUUGGAUUUGACCUUUACUCCGCCAUCUUGGUUAUCUUGACAAUCAGUAUGAUCGAGAUCAGCAUGUUUGGAAUGAUGCAUCUUUGGGGGAUCGAUCUCAACGCAGUGUCUUUGGUCAAUUUGAUCAUGUGUGUUGGUAUAUCCGUAGAGUUUUGCUCUCACAUUGUACGAGCGUUUGCAGUCAGCAUACGAAACUCUCGAGUGGAGAGAGCCAAGGAUGCUCUAGCUCAUAUGGGUAGUUCAGUGUUGAGUGGUAUAACACUGACAAAGUUAGGAGGCAUUAUAGUUCUAGCUUUUUCUAAAUCACAGUUAUUCCAAGUCUUCUAUUUCCGUAUGUACCUUGGAAUGGUGCUGUUUGGGGCGACACACGGCCUCAUAUUUUUACCAGUUUUACUCAGUUACAUAGGUCCACCGUUGAACAAGGCCACUCUGUAUGCCAGCCAGAAAGAUGACAGAGAUCAAGGCAAGACCAUCGAGAAUGUACAGGUCCUUUGUGGUGAUACUUGAAACAGCACAACUCCCAGGCGGAGAGCCUUGAAACAGAACUUUAUGAGGCAUACAGACUUGGCCAAUGAAAAAAUGGAGAGAGAGGGAGAGAGAGAGGGGGAAUGAUAAUCAUUAAAAAGCAAAAUCAAUGCAACUCAUUCUGUUCAUCAAGUUUUGAUGUUGAGAAUCAUUAUUCAGACUUGAUAAUUUUAUGAAUUAUUCUCUGAAGGUGAGAAGUUAAUUUAACAUAUAACGUUGAGCACCACAAUAUUUGAAGGCUGUGGUAUGCCCAAUUUACAUGACUCUCAUUCCUAAAAUAGUGACCAGAAAAUAGAAGGUAAAUAUAUACUUGCCUGAAAAAAAAAAUCUUGCCACAGUAUUUUUUUAAGUAUAUUGUUUUCAGGAGACUCAACUAAAAACUGUGGCUUCUAUACUCAGGGUGCAAAAUUCUCUAACUUUAGGUUAGGACAAAUUUGGAUGAAAAAGCAUCAAGAUUAUGUAUGCCAUUUUUAAGAAAGCUGUCAGAAUUUAAACACAGCCUUUGGUGGGGGCUGUAUGAUGUCAGACUUGUAGAAAACAUGCUCAAAACUUUUUGUUAGUAGGCGGGGUCAACUUGCUGAAAAUGUCUUCUUAGAAAAAGUGACACAUAAAACAUGAUUUUUUUUUUUUUUUUUUUUUUGUACUAAUGUGCAAUAAACUAAAAUUCUAGAUAAAUUGAGAGAAAACAAACAGAAAAAUAUCUAAAUUCUGUCAGUUAUUAUUUCUUUGAACCACACGCACUACCGAGUAGACUACAAAUUUUCUGGCCCCAUUUUCCUCCAGAUCUUUUGAUAUCUCACUUAAUUUUUUUAUGUCAGAUUGCGAGAUUUUGACCCAUUUCUUAUUGCACUUACUGCCCAUUGUGUGGUCACUGGUUGGUGAAUUUGGUUCCUUUUGUCCGUUGUGUCUUAAUUGUGUAGAUAACAGAAAAUAAAAGAGGCAGGUUCUCUUUAAGGGUAAACUCUAAAGGUACAUUAAUAUUAUAGAACUGAUGUAAUUUCAAAUGACCAUAUAUGGCAUUGGAUGUGAAAACUGAUUAACAGAUUUUUUGCAAUAUCAGCAAUUUUCUAGAACUCACUCAAAAUUACUUGGAGUUAAAACCCCAAAUUCCAUGUAAGCUCUCUUUGAUUAUAAUCUCUGAGGAAAAUUUAUUGGCAGCUCAUUUUUUUUUUAAGGGAGUGCUGAUUUGUUAAAAUUUGAAUAUAUAUAUGUAUAUUAGUGUGUGAAUGAUAUUAAUGUUAAAAUAUAUACAUCCAAGAUAUACACAAAAGAAUACGAAUGUAUUUACACUGCAACCAAUGGAAAAUUUUUGACAUUUUGUCUAAUAUAGUGAAAUGACUUCUGGGCUUAAAAAUUA